GGCACCAGAGGGAGGCAAUACACAAGUCCGGUUAGUCUUCAACCUCGAACGAUUUACUGUGCGCCGGCACGGUUGGAUUCUAGAAAACCGAUUCGCAGUGCCGCACUCCCGGUUUCGCAUGGCCUCGAGAAUCUAGGUCACCUAGAGCGCACAAGUCACCAUGUCUCUAAUGGUUGCAACGUAUUCUCCAAUGACCAAGAUUCUGACAGAGCCCUGCCUGGCUUUGGGAUAUGCGCGUGCUUCUCUAUACCGGCUGCAUACAGGCCGGAAAUUUUCCAUCGAGGCGUUUUCCGGAAGGGUAACUAUCGCAUGGAGGCAACGGCUUGUGGACGCUCCGCGGCGGUCUCAAGGCGGCGCUUUACCAACGCUCGCUGUGGCGCGUGGCACAUUCGACUCGAGGCCUCGACCGGCCGGCUUGGUGAGAAAUGCAGGCACAAGCUGCAGCAUGGCGGUUACGGUGACAGGAGGGCUGCGUCUGCACCUAUCCGCAUGGCUAUUUCGAGCGCCAGACAGACGGGUGAUUGGGGACAGACCUCGUUAUCUGAUACCAGUCCGAGAAAUGCACCCCAUCUGCCUUUUAUCUACGAGGCUGGCGCGGGGGUUUGCGUCUUUGUGGGGAUUGUGGAGACGAGAAGUCGAGGAUGUGAUAGAUUAGAUCCUCCGGCCAUGCAGAUCACACCUCGGCUGGAGAGCCUUGCACCUUCACCUUUGAGGUGAGUGACGUCUGCAACAGUCUUGUCUGCCUACACGCCUGCUGCAAGGGCGCUGCAGUCGUCUUCUCUUCGCCUUCGCGGCAGAGC